AUGCCUACGCGUGUUGUUGAAGAUCAAAUGUCGUCAUAUCAAAACAACAAUAAAUCUUAUUUUGCUGAGUGGAUACCGCCUCGCUAUAAAAAGUCUGCUACUUUUAUUGGAAACUCUACUGCUAUUAAAGGAAUGUUUGAACGAGUAUCUGGGCAAUUUAAAGGUUUUUAUUUUUGAAUUUUUCUUACUAUUCUGUUUGGCUUUGAUA